CGGCAAAACGUAGAAGCCUGAUUAAUCACAUAGGCAAUACGCUAUUAUUCGGUUUUCACUCUCAGUUUUUCGAGACGUGAUGUAGCAAGAAGCUAGACAGCGGGGAAUGUGAAGAUGGUUCGUCUGGCUGACGUUCCUCCGUGCGUUUUCGGCGGCGCAUGCAGUGUCGGGCUGGUUGCCGUGGGUUACUCUUCCCGCCGCUCAGCCUUUUCUCCUCCGUGGUUUUCCCUGUGCGGUGAGAUUCGGAGCCCUGUUCUCCCCUCCUCCAGACAUCACAUCCGGGUCACUUCCCUGCAACUGCAAGAGAAUCUGCUCCUCCACCGUUACAGGGAAACGCAGCCGUAGCCAGCUGCUGUGUGCGAUAGCUGGCAUGGACAUUAACACUGGCAUCCAGCGUAUUUAAAAACGUCAAGCAUCUAUUCAGGGGCAGGCGAUACCCGGAGCGAGGGGAAGGAUAACAACUUAUUGCAUGGGCGCCCUCAUGUAAUAUUCAUCUUUUUCCAGCAAUGUCCAAAACCUUGAAAAAGAAAAACCACUGGACCAACAAAGUCCACGAGACCGUCCUUUGCAGGAAUAAAGAAGGCGAGCUCGGGUUCGAGCUGAAGGGAGGCGCCGAGAACGGCCAGUUCCCGCAUCUCGGAGAGGUGAAGCAGGGCAAAGUGGCCUGUCAGAGCGGCAAGCUGUCCCAGGACGAGCUGCUUCUGGAGGUCAAUGACACGCCGGUGGCCGGACUCACCAUUCGGGAUGUGCUCGCCGUCAUUAAACACUGCAAGGACCCCGUCCGCCUCAAGUGUGUCAAACAAGGUGGUGUUGUUGAUAAAGACCUACGUCACUACCUCAACCUGCGCUUCCAGAAGGGGUCAGUGGACCACGAGCUGCAGCAGAUCAUCCGAGACAACCUGUACUCGCACGUCCCUGUGAUAUCCAAACUCGCAGUGUCCCUGGAGUAUCACAAUCCGCACCGUCCUACCUCCUCUAAGUAA